AUGGCGGGCACUUCAGUCGAGGAGAUAAUGUCGGCAGCCAUAACGGCCCCGCCUAGCCCAAUCGAGGAAUCUCCUGGAGCUGCAACGCCCCUCGAAGGUCCGGCAACUCCAAAAGGCGGCCGCCGCAAGAAAUUGAUGAGCCGAAUUCAGCGCAUUUCUUCGUCUCCUACUCUUGCACAAUUGGGUCGCUCACGAUCCAACGCCCCCUACGGCACACGAGGCAGCUUGUCUUGUGUGAGUCUGGCAGCAGCCGGGCCCCCAGCUCAGUAUACUCCCGGACCUUCGUCCUCGGCCGACUACUUUUCGUAUUCGUCGUCCACGACUCCUGGCACGCCGGCGGUCGAGUUCCCGUCCUACGAUGGCAUCGAAAGCCGACUCGCGAUUCGCAAGGUUGAAAAUGCAUCGACAUCAUGCCUGACGUCGGGAUCGAUUGGAUUGCCAGCAGAACUGACAACACGAUCCCGAUCUAGCACCGCCGCCCUCAAGCCUCCUUACGAUUUCUGGGCAAAUAUGCCCGACGAGAUCCGAGUUUACAUAUUCUCCUUCCUCUGGCCAAAAGAGUUGGUGCGCGCGUCUCGGGUCAGCAAGGAAUGGCACAGUUACUGCUUUGAUGGACAAUUAUGGACGAGAUUCGACGCCUCCGACUUUCACCAGGACAUUCCCGCUGAAUCUCUGGCCAAGAUCAUCGUGGCAGCCGGCCCAUUCGUCAAGGACUUGAACCUGAGAGGCUGUAUUCAGGUCGAGCACUUCAAGCGUGCCGAGGUGGUUGCAAAAGCAUGCAGAAAUCUCAUCAACGCAACACUGGAAGGUUGCCGCAACUUUCAAAAGACGACCCUCCACAGUCUGAUCAAGGCUAAUGGAAAGCUGGCAAAUCUCAACUUGACCGGACUUCCUGCAGUGUCCAACACUACCUGCGAGAUCAUUGCAAAGCACUGCCCGCAACUAGAGACUUUCAAUGUCUCCUGGUGCAAGCACAUGGACGCCCGAGGCAUCAAAAUGGUCGUGCUAGGCUGUCCCAAGCUCAAGGACAUUCGAGCCGGAGAAAUUAGAGGUUUCGACAACCACGAUGUGGCCAAGGCAAUCUUUGAGACAAACAACCUCGAACGACUGGUUCUGAAUGGUUGCGCUGAUCUUACAGACGAAGCACUCAAGAUCAUGAUUCACGGCGCGGAUCCCAAGAUUGACAUUCUGACCGACAGACCGCUUGUGCCACCCAGGAAGCUUCGGCACCUGAACCUCAGCCGCUGCCGCCAUCUUACAAGCGAAGGCGUCCGGUCACUGGGCUACCUUGUGCCCAAUCUCGAGGGCUUGCAGCUUAGCGGCUGUACGGCCUUGACUGACUCUGCUCUUGAGCCUAUUUUGGCCAGCACACCACGUCUGACGCAUCUCGAACUCGAGGACCUGAUUGAAUUGACCAACGAUCUCCUCUCGCAUCAUUUAGCCAAGGCACCUUGCGCCCCGCAACUCCAGCACCUGUCCGUGAGCUACUGUGAAAACCUGAGCGAUACUGGUAUGCUCCCAGUCAUCAAGAACUGCGUCGGUCUCGUCAGCGUGGAUAUGGACAACACCCGCAUCGGCGAUCUUGUCCUGUCUGAAGCGGCCGCCAUGGUGCGAUCUCGCGGCAACAGGACACCCAGCCGGGACUCUCGCCCACACAUUGGUCUCCGCCUGGUCGUUUAUGACUGCCAAAUGGUGACGUGGACGGGCAUCCGCGAGGUGCUCUCGUGGAACGCCGAGAUCCGACAACCGAUGCAUGGCAACGACGCCACAUAUCCCACCGAAGUGAUUGGCAUGAAGUGCUUCUACGGCUGGCAGCAGACGGUUGACCAGCACACGCAGCGGGUGCUCCGCGGAGACUUUGCGGCCGCGGGUCGACUGGAGCGCAAGUGGGCAGAUUACAUGCAGGCAGUCGAGGAGGCUGGCGCGUCGGGAGCAGGCUACCGUCGCAGAAGGCGCAGGGCCAGAGAAGCCCAGAUUUUGCAUGCCGAUGAGGAGGAGGGAGGUGCCGGCAUAGGAGGGCGGCGGCGGGCCAGAACGGUGGCCUCGUCAUGCGCCAUCAUGUAA